AUUACGUUAGCGUCGGGCACUGGCGUAUUGAAGUGAACCUGAACCGGCGCAGACUUAGAAAGCUCCAGUGAAUCUAAGGAUGGCGGGCACUGGUUUGGUGGCCGGGGAGGUUGUGGUGGAUGCGCUGCCGUAUUUUGAUCAGGGUUACGAAGCGCCUGGUGUUCGCGAAGCGGCUGCGGCGUUGGUGGAGGAGGAAACUCGUAGAUACCGACCUACGAAGAACUAUCUAAGCUACCUGACGGCCCCAGAUUAUUCUGCUUUUGAGACAGACAUAAUGAGAAAUGAAUUUGAAAGACUGGCUGCUCGACAACCAAUUGAAUUGCUCAGUAUGAAACGAUAUGAACUUCCAGCCCCUUCCUCCGGUCAGAAAAAUGACAUCACUGCAUGGCAAGAGUGCGUAAACAAUUCUAUGGCGCAGUUAGAGCAUCAGGCAGUCCGAAUUGAGAAUUUGGAACUAAUGUCCCAGCAUGGAUGCAAUGCCUGGAAAGUGUAUAAUGAAAAUCUAGUUCAUAUGAUUGAGCACGCACAGAAAGAGCUUCAGAAGUUAAGGAAACAUAUUCAAGACUUAAACUGGCAACGAAAGAACAUGCAACUCACAGCUGGAUCUAAAUUAAGAGAAAUGGAGUCAACCUGGGUAUCCCUGGUCAGUAAGAAUUAUGAGAUUGAAAGGACUAUUGUACAAUUAGAAAAUGAGCUCUUUCAAAUGAAGCAGCAACACGGAGAGGCAAACAAAGAAAACAUACGGCAGGACUUCUGAAGUAGACUGGCUUGGUGGGUAGAGUGGAAGAUUCAACCUCAGCUGAACUACAUAAUUUUUUAAUAAGAAGUCCAUCAUCUCCAGUUUUCUUCUGCACUGCCAAGACUGAAUGGUUGGAUGGGAAGCACAUGAUUUUUGGCAAGGUGAAAAGAGAGUAAGGGACUUCACCAGUGGUCCAGUGGCUAAGACUCUGCACUCCCAAUUCAGGAGGCCCAGGUUCUCUGAUCAGGGAACUAGAUCCCACGUGCCCGUUCCACACACCAUAACAAAGAUGGAAGAUCCUGAGUGCUGUAACUAAGACCUGGCACAGCCAAAUUAAUUUAAAAAAAAAGAAAAGCAUAUGAAUAUUGUGGAAGCCAUGGAGUAUUUUGGGUCCAGUAAUAAUAGCGAGACCAGCAGGAAGAUCACCAUUGCUGACUGUGGACAACUCAAAAAUUUGACUCCCAGACCAUUUCUUCUGUAGCUCAGGAGAGCACCCUCUACCCCCAUCUGCUCACAGUCUCCUAUAAUCUUUGUGCUUUUGUUGCAGUUCCUUGGGUUCUAUGUUUUCUUUACCUUCUGGAUUGCAGAGGUAAGUUUAUGAUUAUGAUAUAAUGACAGCAAAGCCUGUCCUGCAAGAUCGCAGGGAGGAGAGAUCUGUUACAUAUUUAAAAAUAAAUCAGUCAAAG